AAGGCAAAAGAUAUGCUUCAACRCCUUCCAAAAGAGAAUGCCAGGYUAUCCAUACUCGGCUAUAAUUUUGGGGUCAGUUGUUACCACAAUAAAGAGUAUGCAGACGCUAUAGAAUGGCUAAAGGAGAGCUAUGAGUUGGGCAAGGGCAAGAAACCAGUUGGGAACAAAAAACAGGCAGUUACACUGCGCCUUAUGGCAAGAGUUUAUCUAGACUGGGAUCGAGAGGAACAUUUACAGAAAGCUUUAAACGCAGUUGGCCUUGCAAACUCUGAACACCCUCACCCUGCUGGUCAUUACCUUAAAGUGGAGCUAUUACUAAUAGACAAUACAUCCACAUCCUCUCUUCAACCAGUUCUCGAUGAAGCACUGCGUCACCCUGACUUAAACGUUCAAAUGGGAUUGAAUAUUGUCAAUCUUGUUAUCCAGUAUCAAAGAACUGCCAGUGCCUUUGAAUGUCUUCGGCUGCUUGCUAACAGAUUCCAAAAUUCUCCAGAUUUAGCUAAAAUCCAGCUCUCUCACUUGGAACUACUUCUAAACGGAAAGCAAACACAAGAGGCUAAAGAGGUUGUUGAAGAUUGCAUCAGUGGGCAUAAUACUGGAAGACCUCUUGAUGAAGAAACGCGAAAGAUGUUUCAUAUUCUUCUUUGGGAAAAAGCUGCUGCAUUUUACGAUGGCAAAGAUUUCCAAGAGGCGCUCGCUUGGUAUAAUUACUCAUUAAGUCUUUUCACUUCUGAGGAAAAAGAUGGCAACAAGAAUUUGGCAAAACUGCUGAGAAAUAAGUGCUCAUGUCUGAUUAUGCUAGAAGAAUAUUCCAAGGCACGAGAGGUAGCGGCAGAGUCUGUUACAAUUGAUCCUGACUCACCACUCACUCACUUCUAUCAGUUCAAAAUUGCUUUGAUGGAGGGUGAUGAUGAACUUGCUAUACAGACAAUUGGCAAAAUGAAAGACAUCGGRAAAAAGCCUCAAAACAAUUGCGUGACAGUCGACUCGGCUGAUGAUGUGCACGCACUUGUCUGCCUGGCAGCACAGCUAUCGCUUGAGCAAAACAAUCGUGAAGUUGGRAUAAGAGCCUUAGAAAGCCUUGUUAAGACGUCGUCAAGUUCAAAGCAAAUUAUCACUGCAUUAAGAUGCCUUAUCCGCCUCAAGUUGACGCUAGGCGAAAAUGAAAACAGGAGAGACCUUGGCUCCAUUCAGUCCUAUUUGCAAACAGCAUUGGACAGCAUAAAUAACAUGUCUUGUGUAGGAGAAGAUAUACAUAUAGAGGCAAUGUGGUUCAUGAAAAUUGCUUGGAACAUGGCACUAGAUAGCAUUGAAACUCUCCAAGAAAUGAGAGAAUUCUUUCUAAUCAGCCAUAAGUUUGCUGAUUUAUGUCCCAUCGAAACGUCUAACAUCACUCGACAGAAAAGCUGCCAAUUGAUGGCUUCUGCAGCGUCGCUACAAAUCGCUCAAGAGACGUCUGACGAAGAGCAGAAGCGAAAUGCCUUAAAACAAGCAUUGAGUCACGUUCAAAGCUGUCGAGAUCUUUGUCGACGUCUCAGUGCAGGAAAGCAAACAGGAGGCAAAGAUGAUAUAGCUGUUUUACUCGUGUUAUACGAGUUUGAGGCCAAAGUAAAGCUUGGUGAAAGCAAUGCAAGUUUGGAGUCCUGUCUUCAGAAAGCCAUGGCCCUGCCGCAAUGCGAAGCUCAAACAUUUGAAACACUAGCAGCGUUAGCCGUUGAGCACCCUGCAUAUAACAAAGAUAUCUGUAUGAAGUCUUUACGUAUUGCUGUCAAAAARCACAAGACCAGUGGACACACUGAUUGUACUAAAUUAAGCAAAGUGUAUCAUAGUUUAGUUGAGAUAGCUCUCAAUAACGGAAGCAGUAGUGAUGCUAACAGUAAAGAAGAAGCAUGGAAGAUAUAUGAAGAAAUACUGGAUUUUAUGGAAGGAAAAAUAAAGGGCUCUUAUCCAGAAAUGGAAGCCAUUUGGUUGAUGACAAAGGCAUGGAACUGCGGAAUUCAUCUUUUCAGCUCUGGUCAUGUGGAAACGGCCGAAAAGUGGUGCGGAAUGGCAAUGCGUUUACUGCAGCAACUGAAUGGGUUUAAAAACAACUACGAAUCAAAGAUGACAAGUGUGUAUUCAGAAAUUCUGGACAGAAUUGAGAAAAGCUCUUUGCAAACAGUCAUUGAAGAGUAGGGCUUUUUAAAAAGCUGUGGCCACGUGGAACGUUGCAGGAUUUCCUAUUGC